GAACACCGGAUUGGAAGUCAAGAUCAGAGAGCUGGAGACCAGGAUAAGGGAACUACAGAAGGCUGUUGAUUGUGAACGUGACUUAUCCAAAAGAUGCAUAGCUGAAAAAGAUAGGGAGAUGGCAGAAAUGCAGCAGCAGAUACAGUCUCAGCUGGAGGAGUAUGAGCAUCUGUUGGAUGUGAAGCUGGCACUGGACCUUGAAAUCAAUGCCUAUAAGAUGUUGCUGGAAGGAGAAGAAAAACGUUUGAAACUCUCCAAAUUCCCCUCUGAAAGUGGUGAAUCACCGAUGGGAAGUGGUGGAAGGUGGGCAACCGUAAGCCAAGGCCACCGCCUCUUCCUGCAAGGAAGGAAAAGGAAACGAGCUUCAGCCAAGAAAGAGGCCCACAGCCUGAGUUUCAAAGUGGUCCAGCGAGCUUCCUCUUUAGGAAGCAUCUCCAUAGAAGACAUUGACGUGGAAGGAAAAUUUAUCAAAGUUAAAAACAAUUCUGAUAAGGAUCAACUACUAGGUGGAUGGAUGGUUAGAAAACAGCAUAGAAACGAAUCUGACACUAUGUACCAGUUUCCUGCUCAAUUCAUUCUUCAGGCUGGUCAAGUGGUAACUGUGAGUGUCAAUUUUAAUCUGGAUUUAACUUAA